AUGGCGCAGACGUCGGGAGUUGAAUCUGCAUGUCCUAAUUGUGGAAUGGCUCUACCGCACAACAGUUCGCAGAUCGCAGCUGAUGCGCAGAAGGAGAUUGAAGAAUUACAAGCUCAAGUAAAGUUACUGACGGAUAAAGCGACCGCCGCAGUGGAUAAAUGGGCAGACUACGAAGACGAAAUCCAAACACUUAAAAGGGCGAACUACCAACAAACUACAGAACCUCAGCGCGCAACAACACCAACACAAGGGCACACUGAAGACCGACUUGGGAGCCCGAGUCGUUUCUCAUAUCUGCCUGUCCAGAAUCGACUUUCUUCUCUGCUAUCUCGCAAGUCCACACCGAAUCUACAAGCUCAGCAACCGCCAACACCGCCAACGCCUUCUACAACGGAGUUAGUAGCUGCCUUAACGAGGGAGCAAGGGUUACGACAGGCUGCGGAGGGCAAAUUAAAUGAAUCCAGUGUCGAACUGGAAGAACUGACGGCACAGCUAUUUACACAAGCCAAUGAAAUGGUUGCUACGGAACGAAAGGCUAGGGCGAAACUCGAAGAGCGAGUUGAAAUUUUGGAACGAAGGGAUGGAGAAAAGAGAAAACGACUGGAAAGGCUUGAAGGCGCAGUUCAAAGGAUUGAAAGAAUUAGGGAAAAGGGGCUACGGAGUUAUGUGCGUAUGCGGCAGAAAGUCGCAGUUUCGAGUCAUGCAAAACCAUCCCAAGAGAAAGAACGGUUUACAAGCCCCGAGAUAUCUUCGGCAGUAACAAAGGCACAGAUAUCAAGGUCUCAAUACCAUUCCCAACCAGCGAAGUUCCCUCCUACCAAGCCACGGCCACAAAACAGUCAUCCUUCUCGUCCAAGACUUCGUGACGUAUACAGACCAGUGCAUUUAGCUGAGGCCUCGGAAAUGGAAAUUUGGCUACUAGAUCUAUGGAAAGACUUCCUGCUCGAACCUACACCUUACCUGGUUUUAUCUGCUACCCUCUACUUGGGCCUCUUUAUAAUAUUAUUGCAGUAUUAUCCGACCAUCCUGAAUAUUGCCUACUUUCUUAUUCAGCUCAUACCUUGGGAUGACGAUUUUGGAGCACCGGGCUAUCAAUUCUGA